CACCACUCCUCCCUCACUCACGCACUCAGUCCUCCCUCACCACUCACGCUCAAACAAUUGCAGAAUACUACGUGAGAUGAGUUCGUCUUUGCUUUUGGACUAGCAUACACUUGCCGGCAUGCCCAUGCGCCGACAUGUCAAUCAUUCUUGGUUUCGAGUCUCGUUCCCUAGGGGAAGGGCUGUGCGACUUGACCCACUGCCUCUGUUUCAAUCUCUCUUCCUAUAUCAACUCGUCCCUUCCAGCGAGCGAAAAUGGAACUCGCAAGCAAAUUCUCUUGGCAUUAUUCGUAAUGAUGAAUGAUAAAUUUCGUCAGUUGUUAUUUGUUUCUGUUGCGGUGAGCCAGCUGUCUACAGUAGCUACUGCAGACUACACAUCAAAUGCAGAAGCCACCUUCACCACACUGCAAAAAUGGUAUGACAACAGUACCGGUAUCUACGACACGACUGGAUGGUGGAAUAGUGCCAAUGCACUCACAACGCUCGGAGAUCUUGCAGCACUCGAUUCCAAAGUCAAGUCUCAAGUGACUUCUGUCUUGGCGAACUCAAUUGUUGCAGCUCAGAACUACAAUCUUCAACAGACCAAGGUCAUCACACCGGAUUUCAACCAGGAGACAUUCAUGGGUAGCAAUGUCCCAGCAAAUGUCGAAGUAGAAGCUGCUAUCAACCCCAAAGGAUUCCUCAAUGGCUACUACGAUGACGAGGGCUGGUGGGCUCUCAACUGGAUCCAAGCCUACGAUAUCACGGGCAACCAAGAUUAUCUCACUACCGCUGUGGACAUCUUUAACGACAUGAUGAAUGGAACCGAGCCCAAGUGUGGAGGCGGAAUCUGGUGGGACAAGAAGAACACCUAUGUCAACGCCAUUGCCAACGAGCUCUACCUCUCAGUCGCCGCUCACCUUGCAAAUCGGAUGGGAAGCCAAAAACAAUUCUACACCAACAUUGCAACCAAGCAAUGGCAAUGGUUCCAAAGCACCGGGAUGAUCAACUCUCAAAACACCAUCAACGACGGUCUCAACUUCACCACGUGCAAGAACAACGGCGGAACCGUCUGGUCCUACAACCAAGGCGUGGUUCUUGGCGCGCUGGUAGAACUCGACAAAGCAUCACCAAACUCCAGCUAUCUCACGUCAGCAAAGAACAUCGCAACAGCAGCGAUCAAGGCGCUUGGAGAUUCCAAUGGCGUUUUGCAUGAUCCAUGCGAGCCGAAUUGUGGGGCGGAUGGAUCCCAAUUCAAGGGAAUCUUCAUGCGGAACCUGCAAAUCCUGCAGGGCGCUGCUCCGGAUGCCACUUAUCUGAGCUUUAUUGCGUCGAACGCAAACAGCAUCUGGACGAAAGAUCGAGAUUCGACGAAUGAGUUGAGUGUGGAUUGGUCGGGACCGUUCGUUACGCCAGCGAAUGCGAGUACGCAGAGCUCAGCUCUGGAUUCGCUUGUCGCUGCUGUUGCGUACCAGUCGCAGAUCGGAAAUGGCAUUGCGAGUCGGUCAUAGAAUGUUUGGGUCGGAUCUGUAGAUCUAAUGUUUUGUGGUGUUUGGUUGAUGCGGGAAGGUUCAUCCCGUGUUCAUGCUGCAUGGUUGACACUCGGGUACGGCGUUUGGCGUAAGGGUGUUCCUAGAUGGACAAGGGGUAUUAUAGAAACACUGGGCAAUUAUCAUUCGGCGCUGGGUCGUGGCUGGAAACUAAAGGAGUGUACUAUUUCAAGCUUAUACGAACGAUCACUCUUGUUUUGGCUUGGCAUUGAUGAGCGUCAUUGUUAUGCGUUUGAAGGGAAAACAUCCGAGUGAAUCACGGUUGGCGCUUACCAGGAG